AUUUAUUAAUGGUUAUCUUUCAAUUCCCAGUAUUGCGCAUUGUCUAAUUAGUAAUACAUACAUAUAUCGCAAAAAAAUAUAUGUAACGUUGGAUACGUUAUGAUUCUAAAUUUUAAGUCACGUGAGCACGUUGCGCAAUCGUUAUAUCAUGUUCAAAUUAUACUAAAUUGAAAACAAAUUUUUACGGUUAUAACUUAUUUCACUUAACGAAGUUAUUCGUCGUUUAUAAUUCGUAAUUAGUGCGUAAUUAUUAUAUAUUGACAUGAUAUUCACGUAGCAGAACGAUCUAGCGAAUUUCUGAAUUACGGAUUUCGAUAUUCGCGAAUUCGUCAUACUUUAAAACAGAUUCUAUUGAUGUCUAUUCCAAGUUGUGUUCAGUGUGUUAAUCGUUUAUUUAUAUCGCUGCCGUGCUGCAUUUCCAGUCAACCGGCGGUUGUGGCAUUUCGAAAAAAAUUAUAUAAUUCAAACUGGUGAUAAUAAUUAAUAAAAUCAUGGAUGAAAUAUGGUUUCACCUGUCAAAUCAAUUCGAAGCACUUCAGAUUCAAAGUACAUUGGUUGCACAUCAAGGACAAGAAUGGGCUUCAGUAUGUUUAAAACAGACCAGAGAAUUAUUUUACAAAUUAUUUAAUAAUAAUCUAAACAGGCACCAUCUCAAAGAUGUUCUACAGCAUGUACCUGUUUGGAUUGAAAGAAUUUGGAAACACCUGCAGUAUCAGUAUUAUAGUGCUCAUUUUAAUAUCAUAGGACUUUAUUCGCAAGUAAAAGAUGUGCUGGACGAUGAAGACAAUUCCUUUCUAGUGGCAAGAAGAGAAUUCGCGUUUUGCCUAGCAGGCUUAAUUGUUGGAAUUGUAAUUGGUUAUUAUGCUGGUAUUACUUGGGGACAAAUGUCUAAUCAUGUGUACUCUAUAAAAGCUAUUGUGUGUCAUCAUUAUAUUGGCAUUAAGGGAGUGGAUCUGACAGAUGAUGCAGAGAUGCCUAUGAUUCAGAAGUCUAAUGAAAUACUGGUACAAGUUAAAGCAGCCUCUCUCAAUAUUGUCGAUACAAAAAUUUGUUACGGCUACUCAAAGAUCUACAGACGACUCCUUAAUUCUGGUAAAUCUAGAGGACUUCCCGUGACAUUGGGCAGAGAUUGUACUGGAAUAGUGAUAAGUAUAGGACAAAGAGUUAUCAAUUUUGAUAUCGGGGACGAAGUAUUGAUAGCUGUGCCCUCGUGGGCUCCUGGUACUAUGGCCGAGUAUAUAGUCGUUCCAGAAACUCAAGCAGUUAAACGACCAAAGAUUUUUUCUUUCGAAGCAUGUGCAAGCCUUCCGUACAGCGGGUGUUUGGCUUGGGAUGCUCUAGUUAACAGAUCCGUAAUCGAAGAAGGCAAUGCAAAAGGGAAACGGGUACUUAUAUGUAGUGGGAGUACUCCUGUUGGUCUUAUUUUAACUCAACUGGUUAAACUGUGGGGUGGAUAUGUGGUUACGGUGUGCAGACCGAAUGCCAUUCCGAGAUUACAAGCCUUAGGAGCAGAUUGGGUUAUAUCACUGGAUGGUACAGAUAUUGAAGAAAAGUUGAGACCCUCUAAAAAAUUCGAUGCUAUAUUUUAUACCGGAGGUGAACGGAUCAACGAACGUGUACUAAGGAAAUGGUUAAUUCCUUACGGAUCUUAUGUCUCCACAGUUCCCGAACAAUUAACAUCCGACUCAUUGGGUUUUAUAUUUGGAAGCAUUUUCGCUGGAUGUGUACGAAUCAAGUUACUGGUGCAGUACAUCUUUGGAUUUAAUAUGCAUCAGUGGAAAGAGGGAGCGAAGAUUAAUAUGACGUAUGUGCAAGCGUUAUGCGAUUUAAUCGAUGCUGAUCAGUUACAGAUAGUUGUAGACAAGGUGUACAGGCCACAAAAUAUCAUACAGGCAUUAGAUCACAUAUUGGAUGCCGAUGCCAUAGGUAGCACUGUAAUAAGGUUUCAGUAACUAUUGAAUUAUUGUAAAAUAGAUUUUCAGUUUCAUAAAUACAUGAUUAUCAUAUUUUUUUAUUAACAUGUUGUAAAUAAUAGAAAAUGCCUAAUCACUGCCAAUUACCAUCCAAUGUUAAUGCAAAUCGUUUGAGGUAAUUCAAACAAUUUAUAUAUGAAUAUAUUUGUACAUUUGGUGCUAAAAUCAAGACUGAGCGAA